AUGAGCAAGCCGGCCGGAUCAACAAGCCGCAUUUUAGACAUCCCCUGUAAAGUGUGUGGUGACCGCAGCUCGGGCAAGCACUACGGGGUCUACGCCUGCGACGGUUGUUCCGGGUUCUUCAAGAGGAGCAUCCGAAGGAAUCGGACCUACGUCUGCAAGUCUGGAAACCAGGGAGGAUGCCCGGUAGACAAGACACACAGAAACCAGUGCAGGGCGUGUCGACUGAAGAAGUGUUUGGAAGUCAACAUGAACAAAGAUGCCGUGCAGCACGAGCGGGGCCCCCGGACGUCCACCAUCCGCAAGCAGGUGGCCCUCUACUUCCGUGGGCACAAGGAAGACAACGGGAGCGCUGCGCACUUCCCCUCGGCGGCACUGCCCGCCCCCGCUUUCUUCACGGCGGUCACUCAGCUGGAGCCGCACAGUCUGGAGUUGGCCGCGGUGUCUGCCACCCCUGAACGGCAGACCCUCGUGAGCCUGGCUCAGCCCACGCCCAAGGUGAGUGGCUUUGCUGGGUCCAAAGAAGCUCCUCUUUGA